AUGACCGACCAGUCAGUAGGCGGGUUCUCGACAGCACAACUCACCCAGAAGCCUCGCGAUAUAUCUACCGAACAUCCUACUCCUGCGCACAUCCUUUUCCACGGAAACAUCUCCACGAAGCUCCCCACAGAUCGACCAGACAUUCACAGGACAGGCUAUGCGGCAUGGAGAAAUGAGGACCGAGGGCGAACUCUAUUUGGAGAGUUGCUCUGGAACGUUGAUUCUUACAUGUACCUCGCGCUGCGAGUGAAGAGCGACGGCAGAAAAUACUUUGUCAACAUACAAACGGACUCGAUCGUAGAGUCAGAUAUACAUCAGCAUCGUUUGUACACCAAAUAUCACAAGGGCGCAGAAGGACCUAAUGAUCCUGGUCAAUGGGAGACUGUUUGGAUCAAACUGCACGAGUUUGUGCGCACGAACCACGGGAUCGUCACGGAGCCGCAGUCAGAAAUGUUGCGACAAAAGGUCAAGAGCUUUGGCAUUGGCUUGAUUGACAGACAACCAGGCCCGUUUGAACUCGGGAUCGCUGCAAUGUGGGCGACAAAUCUCAACGAGAGAGGUCAAGUUGAUGGGCGGACGGGAUGGGAAGAGGGAGACCAAGGAAGCGCAAGAUUAAGCGAAGUAACACUGGAGAAGCUGGCGCAAAAGGCUGAAGAGAAAAGGAACCUGCCAGAACAAAGGAAAAGCUUUCGUGAACGAGUACCGCACUUUGGGAAAGUUGGCUCGGGAGAUACAAAGGCGUUCAGGUAA